GAAUCAGAGGGAAGGGCCGAAUAGUUAUUGGCUAGACCCAAUUUCAAUAAAAGGGGUAAAGAGAAGGCAAGAAAGAGGAGUUGUUGGAUCAGGCGAUAGGAACAAAAGAUUAGUAAAGGCGGUUGUUUGCACUCCUGAAGAAAGGCUAAGUCAGCCGAUUAACAAG